AUGUUGCUGGCCCUCAUCAGUCUCAGCUUCAUCGCAGCUCGAUUGUUUGUCUUCGCAGAUGUGGCCGCACGCACAACGGUGACACUCUCUCAGGAAGAGGCGAGGACAACGUCACCCAUUACAGCCAUCGAUUCCCUGUACGGCCUCAACCGCCGCGCCACGAGCUCGAGCGUUAUAUGGGGUGAGACAUGCGGAUUUUGGAAUGGGAACAGUGAAGCAACCGCUGGUAUUUGCAACUGGCAAUAUUUUGUCGAUCCCCGCAGCAAUACAUACUCAAGCGCUUGGUGUGAUUCGACCAAUGUGCCGCCUACGUCCUUUUUCGCAGUUGCAACGUCGACUGAGGCUUUCACGAUAGAAACACAGACGACCAGAAUCGAUGCUGGGAUACCGACCUCAUCUUCCGCCUCUGACACAACAUCGGCCAAUACUGGCGCCAUUGUAGGAGGCGUUCUGGCUGGUGUGUCGGUCUGUGCUGUGUGUCUAGCAGUGUUGAUUUGGAAGCGAUAUCGGAAGGUCAAAGACAGGGCAGCAGCUCCAGCACAGCCGUCCUUUAGGGUGCUAGGCUCAAACAUGCCACAUACCAACAUCGACGGCAACGGUGUCACUGCAGCCUCUUCUGGGAUGACUCCAGCUCAAUAUUCCUCGGCAGCGAUUUCGCGAACAAUGAGUCCUUCUGAUAAUCGAGAAAUGCUUCAGCACGAUGGCGAGUACCAGGCUUACAAGCCACCUCGGUAUCAUAGUGUGGCUGCUUCUUCUGACACUCUGCAUCGCUCUGAAUCGGUACCGAGCGCGACAUUCGGCCAAAUGUCUUCAUUGCAUUCAGGAUCCGUUAACCAUCGGACUCAGGGGUUGCUUAGCAGUCCACAGGCUUUGUCCGAAGUGCACGGCUAUUCUGCGUCAAGUCCUCCUACCACACCGACGCCAUCGGAGGGCCGAAGCAACGGUGGUCAGAGGUUUUCUGAGCUGGACGCUUCACCCACCAUAGGUUUACAAUCCGGCCCUGUACCGGAUUGGAAGCAGAUUUCUUGA